AUGCCAUCAAUGGCGGCCACUGGACCUGACCAGGAGGAGGAGCUUGCUUUGCCGGUUGACGACGGAGGAGGCAGCUCCGGUGGAGAUCACGCCUCCUUUCUCUCCACAUUUCUUCUUUACAUUGGUGCCCAUGAGCUUUUCUCGCCACAGAUGUGGAAAGCGGCCAUGACAGAGUUCGUAGCAACAGCCUUGCUGGUAUUUUGCUUAACAACCUCCAUCGUCUCGUGCUUGAAAUCCAACGAAUCAGAUCCAAAGCUCUUAAUCCCAAUCGCCGUUUUCAUCAUCCUCUUCCUCUUCCUCCUCGUCACUUUCCCUCUCUCCGGCGGUUUUUUGAGCCCUAUUUUCGCCUUCAUCGCCGCCCUAAGAGGCGUCAUAACCUUCACUCGCGCCGCCGUCUACAUUCUCGCUCAAUGUCUCGGCUCCAUCAUAGCCUUUCUCCUAAUCAAGGACGCAAUGAGUCCCGAUGUUGCCGAAAAGUACUCUCUCGGCGGCUGCACCAUCCACGGCACCGGCGACACCCCUGGCAUCGGUAUCGCCACGGCUCUGGUUCUCGAAUUCGCCUGCACCUUCGUGGUUCUCUAUGUCGGAGUAACGGUGGUGCUCGACCAGAAGAUGAGCGAGCGGCUCGGUCUGCCGAUGGUGUGCGGGAUGAUCGCGGGGAGUUCGGCGGUGGCGGUUUUCGUCUCCACCACGAUUACAGGGCGGGCUGGGUACGGUGGGGUGGGGCUGAAUCCGGCGAGGUGUUUAGGGCCGGCGGUGUUGAGAGGGGGACGGUUGUGGGAAGGGCAUUGGGUGUUUUGGGUGGGGCCGUUUGCGGCGUGUGUGGCUUAUUAUGGAUUUUCUGUCAAUUUGCCGACGGCGCCGUUGGUUGGAGCGAAGGGGGAUAUCGGGAUUUUGAAAAUGGCCGGCAGUUGUUGGCGGUGGCGCCGCCGCCGGAGGUUGGAAGAAAAGUUAGGGCAAAAUGUUUAA